UGACGUCACCUCGCCGUGGUCCGGGGCGGCGGAAGAGAGCCAGCAUCUCCGCCCGCGACCGGAACCUGCGACGACUGGAGAGCAACGAACGGGAGCGGCAGAGGAUGCACGGUCUCAACGACGCCCUGGAGGGACUACGCCAAGUCAUACCACACGUCCAGACCCAGAAGAAACUCUCCAAAAUCGAGACUCUCACACUGGCCAAAAACUACAUCAUGGCACUCACAAACGUCGUCUGUGAUAUGCGCGGACGACACCGCGAGUAUCCAGGCACCGCCGCCGAGUGCGCACCCCUAAUGACGUCAGAUUUGAUGACGUCAGAUCUGGUACCGCGGCUCGACGAGCUGCCCGAUGACAUCGAGUUGAGUGACCUCUGGCCUGAGAUCUGAGGUGGUGGGGCCAGCAGCCGGCUUCUUUGGUGAGCUGAGGGGUGUAUGAUGAUUGUCGUAGCAAACGACUGACCGUGACGAGUCCACGGACUCUUAACGAAGGACUCAUGUGUAACCGAUCUCCGAUUCAAUGCAUCGAGCCGUAACUGCGGAAGCAAUCCUGAUGCAGUGGGACUUGGCAGCCGAUUCCUGUACCUCUAUCUGGCUUCCUCUGGGCUUCUUUAGAUUAGGUUGACGUGUUCCUAGUACUCUGCAUCCUGUUCUGAGAAGGCACCACACUCGCGCUGGAUUCAGGUCAAAGUGGAGUCCCGAAGUACGGCAGCUUAUCUGACAAGUCCAGUCGAUGUGGGGCUCAGCAGGCUCAGCGGCUUCGAUUGCCUACCGGUCCAGCAAUUCGCUGAUCCUCUCAUACGUCUGAGGAAGCUACUACGAAUUUUAUGUUCUGUUACGAGAACUAUGGCUACCUAUCAUACGCAGCCCUGCCCAGAACUAUGCUAUGGUUUUGUUAGAAGUACUUAUAACUGUUACAAUAAUUAUAUAUGUAGAUGACAAAUCUUGAAAUAUAAAGGGUAAAAAUGCCUCGGAAAGAUAAUUAUCCAAA